UUGUUCUUCCAAAUACAGUAAACAAUGAUUGGUAGAUGAAUAAAUUUGUGGUAGAUAGAUAAAUACACUUUCCUUUUAAAAUUCAAAGCUCGAAUAAAAGUUUUAUUCUUCUUUAAUGGUGGUGGCUCUGCUCUUAGUUAUGGUUUCCGUAGAUGGUUUAUGAUCUUAAGCGGAAAUUCCUAAAGAACACCACCGACAGAUUUAGUAAUCUGUCGUUUUGGGUAUGUGAGACUUGCUAGAAGAGAAGAAGGGUUAACGGUUUUUAUGAUCGGAGAUAGAAAGUGUAGGCUUUUGUUUGUUGUUAUAAUAGUUUGUGGUCGAUGAAGAAGAUGAUUGGGAGUCCAGGAACAAUGAGUGGGCUGAUAUUGAGGUUAGGGCAGUGUGCGACUGCUGCUGCUUCCAUCGGUGUUAUGGUCUCUGCUCCUGGCUUCUCUAGCUACACUGCUUUCUGCUUCUUAGUAGCAUCUAUGGGUCUUCAAAUGAUUUGGAGCUUUGGACUUGCGUGUCUUGAUGUAUAUGCGAUAAGGAGAAGAAGUGACUUACAAAGCCCCAUCUUAUUGAGCCUCUUCGCAGUUGGUGAUUGGGUCACUGCACUUCUCUCGCUUGCAGCUGCGUGUUCAUCUGCAGGAGUUACGGUUUUAUUCACAAAAGACACUGUAUUUUGCAAACAGGCCUCUCUCUCUUGCGAUAGGUUUCAGAUUUCUGUCGGUUUAGCUUUCUUUAAUUGGGGUUUGGCUGCUAUAUCGUCUCAUGCAAUGUUUUGGAUCUUGAUAUGACAUUUGAACACACCCCAUCUCCUUCACUUUUCAAAGAACCCAUUACUAUGAAUCUUUUUUUUUUCUUUUGAUCUAACUCAUAACCUGAAAUGAGAGAGGGCAAGGGUACAAUAUCAUUUUUGGUGAAUCCCUAGGGACAAUCGAGUCUCAGUAGUAACCUCUUCAGACAUAACAUUGAUCAUGUUCGAUCUCAUCAGCAACCUUUUUCGUCCAAGAACGGUUCUGUCUCCCCUCGUUAAGGCAUGCGGAUGUUAAAAUCCUGUUGUUGUUUUUUUCUUCUUCUAAUUUUAAGGGACGAUUGGAAUCAUUAGAGUUAUGUACACACUAUCCAAUUGUUCAGUUCAGAUAGUUUAACAUAUUUACUUAUCUCAUGUCUUCAAGUCAACAUAAGAUUUUUUUUUUU